AUGUCGAACAAAACACAAAAAGAGGAACUACCCCAGGCAAGUAGAGAACACAUCUCAAAAUCUUGCACCGGAUCAACGGUCUGUCCCAUGGAUUCUGGGGGGGACAAUUUGACACUAACUAGAAAUAAUAAAGAUCAAAAUACUCCGCUUAGCAAUUCACUAGAGUACCCGAACGAGAAUUCUCAAUCGGGCCCUAGUGGAAUUCAAAGAAAAUUAAACAAAAAUAAAACGCAAGAAACAGACAAUAGGAGUAAGCAAAGUCAAAAUAGAAGCAAAUGGAGUCACGAAGAAUGCAAAGAAGUUAUGCUAUGCUACUACUACAUAUUGGAAACAACUGGAACUGGAAAUACGCAGAAAAACUAUGAAAUGUGGAGAAACCGCAACCCAAGCUCUCGUCCUAAUCUAAAUGCAAUAACAUUAGCUAACCAAAGACGACAAAUAAUACAGCAGAAAAGACUAUCCCAGACUGAAAUUGAUAAAAUUUUAGAAAAAAUAAAAGGCAAAAAGGUGGAACAAAAACCUAACAAUGACAGGGAAAAUAAAACGGAAGAAAAACAUAAUAGAUCACAAAUGGAAGAGAUGAACUUCCAAGACAUUAAUACCGCACAAGAAACAGCUUUAGAUAUAGAAUUGGUCAACCACCAUCAAAGAAGUAAAGACACUGACGUACCUAAAGGAAAACAAGAAAUACAAACAGGUCAAAAUAAGUCAAACAGUGAACACUCAAAUGAUUCAAAAGGAGUCGGAUCCCCAGUACCGGUCCAGGAUGUAGGUGUUGGAGCAGGCCUCACUGGACCGUCAGCUAGCUACUGCGGCUCUUCAAUAGUGACAAACCAGGCUAUUGAGAGUAUCCAAAAUACUGGUUUAAAAGAAGAUGCGAUAAGAAAUCGUUCUGUGAGUAUGAGUAAAAGUACUACGAACAUGAAAGACCCUUUUGCAAGGAAAGACUCUAUUGGAAGGAGCCCACCAUUAGGGAGAAAGAAGACCAAAGAUACUCAGAAAAGUACUAGUGAACCAGAAGAUAAUAACCUAGUCGAACACCAGACCAAAAGAAAGAAAACUGAACAUUCGACAGAAAAGAAAAAAGUGGGAAUAACGUAUAAAGAAAUAGUAGGGAAAAUGAUUGAACAAGUUUACAGCAUGGAGAAAGUACUAAACGACAUGUAUAAGCCUAAGCAGGAAAUUAAAGAGGCAGUUAGUAAGAUGGUUCUGCAGGUAGAAAAAUUACAAAGCCAAGAACUAAAGAACUGGAUUGAAGAAGCUGCACACGAAACAAAAAUUCUAGCUAUGGAAGAAAAGUGGGUUAAUGAAAAUAAAAAUAUGAAGAAGCAACUACGAUUUAUGGAACAAAAAUUGGAAGAUACACUCCAAGCACGCCCCGAGGAUCUGGACAGUAUAAGGUGCCCUAAAUGCAAGCAACUGGAAGGUAGACUAGCAAGAAGGAUAGCGUAUACCCAGGAAGAAACGUUUGAAAACUUCCAAAGUAUUAAAGAAGAAGAUUGGACCAGCGGAAUAUUUCCUAGAGUGAAAUCCGUACAAGGAUAUAUUCGGGAUGCCCCAUACGAAUUUGACAUAGUCCUACCCAGCAACGAAAACCUGGAGACGAAUCAAAAAGAUGUCGGGAUAACCAUCAACAAGCUAGGGGGUAAAGAUGAGCUUAUGAGACAAAGAAAACAAAAAGGUGAGGUCGCUAGAAUGAUGCAUUCCCUAGGAUUUCCAGAUGUAGAUGGAAACUUUACCUACAAAACUAGAGGAGUAUAUUACCCAAUCAGCAACAGCCAGGCAUACUUAGAUAUCGAUGACCAAAGUGUAUUUACAGCCAUGAAGAUAGUUAAACAGAUGGCUGUUGCAGCCAAUAGACUUAAGAUUGCCAUUCCCAAACUAGAUGGACCAAGUGGAAUAAUUUUAACAAGGACUGCUGAAUACCUCUUUACGGACUCCAGCAUAGAAGUGGUUAUGUAUAACGGAAAUGAAAAUGUCAAGAACAAUACACGAAACAGGUUUCAAUCGACAGUUUCACAUAGACGUACCAGUACCAUAAACGAUGAUGUAUUUUUGGACGCUCAGAGAGCCAAGCCUAGGUAUGAACCGGUGGUAGUUAAAAUGGCAAACAAAUCUUAUGCAGAACUGCUUAAAACUCUAAGAGAAACCGUAAAACCAGGCGAGAUUGGUGUAGAUGUAAAGUCCAUCAAGAAAACAAAAAACGGGGAUGUUCUGUUACUGGUGGAAAACGGGCCGAAGGCAGAAAUUCUACAGAAUGAAAUAAAAAGUAAGCUCCCGGGCGUGACAUCAUCCCAUAUUAAAAAUAAUAAAGUUUUACUUAUCAAGGAUCUUGAUGGAGCGACUACAGAAGAGGAGGUAGGAGAAGCCAUAAGUAAAGAGAUUGCUUGCGACCAAGAUGUAUUCCAAAUAAAGGCCUUAAACCCUGCAUUUGGAAAUCGACAAAAUGCAAGGGUCAUAAUAAAUGAACCACAUGCUAGUAUUCUACUAAGCAAAGAGAAGAUUAAAAUAGGAUGGACCCAAUGUAGAAUCUUCGAGAAAAAACGGGAUACAAGGUGCUUUAGAUGUUGGGAACCAGGACAUAACAUAUCAGACUGCCAGGGUCCAAAUAGAGAACACCUAUGCCUAAAAUGUGCAAAGGAAGGACAUAAAGCCAAGGAUUGCCAAAACAACUCGUACUGUAUGACAUAAGAAGAUUUUUUAGAAAGUUUGGAUCACAUAAUAGUUAAAUAA